AUGGUAGCUUCUGAAGAGCAUGAAAAACAUCAGCAAAUUCCUUUUGUACGAAAUCAGGUUGACAUCCAAGUCGGUUUGGUAGGUGAUGCUCAGGUUGGCAAGACUUCUUUAAUGGUGAAGUAUGUUCAAAAUAUCUUCGACGAAGAAUACACUCAGACAUUGGGUGUCAAUUUUCUGAAACGUAAAGUGAAUUUACGAUCUACGGAUAUUGUCUUCUCUCUGAUGGAUCUCGGUGGACAACGUGAAUUCAUUAAUAUGCUGCCCUUGGCAGCCGUAGGUUCCGCAGCUAUUAUAUUUCUCUUCGAUUUGACUCGACCAGAGACGCUGGAAUCUGUAAAGGAAUGGUAUAGACAAGCAUAUGGGCUCAACAAUCAGGCUAUUCCAAUACUGGUCGGCACUAAAUACGAUCUGUUCAUCGACCUCGACGAAGAGUACCAAAGGCAGGUUUCGAAAACUGCAUUAGAUUAUUCAGAAGUAAUGGAUGCACCGUUGGUUUUUUGCUCGACGGCAAAAUCAAUAAAUAUACAGAAGAUCUUCAAAAUUGCUUUGGCCAAGAUCUUUAGCUUAACCUUAACUAUCAGUGAAAUUAAAGACACUGGGGACCCUAUACUCUUGUACAAACGCUUCGGUAGCAAACUUUCGAAGAAUAAAUCAUCUCCUUCAUCAUCAACUAAAUUAAAGACCCCUCGUGCAUGA